AUGACCUCCAUCCUCGACAAAAUCCAAGCGCGCGGCUACCUCAAAGUCGGCACAACGGGAGACUACAAGCCCUUCUCCUACAAAGUAACAAACCAAACCGGACUGCCUGCCACACCAACCAUCAACACGACCUACAUCGGCGCCGAUAUCGACUUAGCGCAGUCGCUUUCCAACUCGCUCGGCCUUCCACGUCCAGUUGAGUUUGUUCCUACCAUCUGGGCGAACAUCACCACGGACCUCGUAGCGCAGAAGUUCGAUGUCGCCAUGAGUGGCGUUAGCAUCACCUUGGCUCGUGCACAGAAGGUCUUCUUCUCUACUGCGAUUCAACGCGUUGGCAAGGCAGCCUGCGUGCGAUGCGCAGAUCUAGGAAGGUUCUCGUCUUUGGGGGCUAUUGAUACUGCGGGUGUCAAAGUUGCGGUCAAUCCGGGUGGCACGAACGAAGCAUUUGAUCGCGCGAAUUUGAAGGCCGCUACUAUCGUUCUGGUGCAGGACAACAAUGCUGUCUAUAAAGCUGUUAUGGAUGGUGAUGCCGACGCGAUGAUUAGCGAUAUCAUCGAGGUCGAAUUGCAGGUUCGGCUGCAUCCUGAUGUGCUAUGCAUCGUCAACCCCAAUGCGACUUUUACGUUUGAAGAGCUGGGUUAUAUGGUUGGACGGGAUGUUGUGUGGAAACAGUAUCUGGAUAUGUUUGUGCACAUUCAGCUUGGGAGUGGUGGAUGGAAUCGUACGCUGGAGAAAUGGAUGUCGUAUAAAUGGCCUUCGCCGUCCUUUGGAGAGCGGUUGCGAAUGGCUACCCAACAAACGCAGGAAGCUGCGCGGGAUGACCCAAACCCCUUGCUCUGGCAUAUAGCCGUCAACAAAGACAGCAACUCGACCAUUCUGUUCAUACACGGCGCUUUCGUAGACGCCCACGACUGGGAACUGGUGGUACCCUACAUCCAAGACUACCAUCUUCUUCUCCCAGACUGCCCUGGACACGGUAACUCGUCGCACAUACCGUUCUCUAUCGAGACAUCCGCAGAGCACAUCACGCGUCUGAUAGAGGCACAAGCUAUCGGCGGUCGAGCCCACGUUGUUGGCCACAGUCUCGGUGCCUCGAUCGCAGUCUGCCUUGCUGCGAACUACCCUCAUGUCGUCGAAUCGAUAUUUAUCUCUGGAUACAGCGAAGCGCCUGUCUCCAAAGCUCCGCUGCUACCUUACCUGCUCUGGGCCUCCAGUCGCAUGGAAAACGCUGUCCCCCGACCUUGGAUUCGCUGGCUCAUGGAUGGUACAGAUCUCCGCCGCACAAAUAGUCCUUCGCUAUCGCUUUGCACACAGAUCGCGCAUACCGACAGCGCAGCGGCGCGACUGCACCCAUGGUCUGCACGAACCCUGAUCAUUGUCGCUGGGAAGGGUGGGCUGGUUCCAUCUAGCGAUAGCCCGGAGGCUGCUCGCAAACUCGUCAAGAUUGGAAAAGAGAACAACACUUUGACUCUUGCUUAUACGCAUCCGAAUAUGAGGCAUCCUUGGAACAGGCAAAACCCUGGUCUUUGGGCGGAGACUGUUGUAGCCUGGGUUGAGGGGAAGGAGCUUCCAGCUGGGUUUGUGCCACUAUAG